AUGCCUCGCAAGCCUACACCUGCAGACAAGCAGAGAGUAAGGACGGGCUGUCUGACGUGUCGGAAAAGGCGACGAAAAUGCGACGAGCAGAAGCCGCGAUGCGCCAACUGUGAAGUCAAAGGAUUCACUUGCAAAUAUGGAUCGGACUUGGCUUUUGUGACGCGAUCUGGGCAAAUAUCUGGGGCAAGGGAGGGUUACAAAAAAAUUACGUUUGUGGAUGACUCGCCUGCUUCAGUCAAGGAAAGCAAAUCAAGACAACAAUCUGCGCCCAGUCGGAGUGAUUUGCAAGAUAAUCUGGAUCAUGAUAUCCCAUUUCAAAAUGAAGACAUUGACCCGGUUGGGCUGAAUAGCAUUCUCGCUCCCGAUGUGCCAAUUCAUUAUCCGCCGGGUCUGGGGGACAUUGAAUUCGCUGGAGGGAGGACUUCUGUUUCCUAUCACGGGCAUCUUGGCUUUGCGGGAAGCUAUCGACGGCUAGUGCGCACGCCCCCAGAAAACACCAGCUAUGAGACCGACUUGCUACGUCAUUUUCGUUAUCACGUUGGCCCGUGGAUGGAUACAGGAGAUUCGAAUUGUGCUCUCGGUGUCCAAGUACUCCUUCUGUCCAGAUCAAAUAGACCCCUCCAGUCUGCCAUUCUCGCACUAUCGGCAGGCCAGAGAUCUCUUCUUUCACUGACCCAUACCGAAGAUGUUAUGAAUAUGCUGCGGUUUCGCAAGGAAGCAGAAGAAAGCCUGGCACUUCGGCCUGAACUGGAAAGACACGUUGGUAAUGUCUUGCUACUUGUCCAGGAACUGUUGCCAUCUGGACUGCACCAAUGGAGAAAUCUAAUUUUACCCCAAUUUGAGCAUCCUCGUGGGUUCAUCUCUCCACUUGAUCUAGCCGAAGAGCUGGGUGAAUCCCUCUUUUGGUUCUAUUUCCGACUCGACCUUGCAGCUUCGUUGUGUACACGCAAAGCACCCAUUAUAUCAUUCCCGUCUUUCCUACAGCGAGACGGAUCUCCAAUACAUACAUCAAAGCCUCUUCAAUCAAAUACGGCCAGAUUCCAUCAACAUGCUUUGUGUCUGCUGGGGCACUGCCUUGCCCUUAUUUACGGAGACCCGAAUCUUUCUUCCCCACAAGCGAGCUCUUCACUAGCAGGCUUCCCAUCUUUACGACAAUCCCACUUCCUCUCACAGUGGACCUUUCUCUGGACAGAUUGUCAAAAAUGGUACAACGAGCGCUCGGUCGAUACACAACAAAUAUUGGAUAUCCGUGGAGGCGAAGCAGACCAGAUCGACCCCGCUCACGACUCAUCAUUCCCCAUUUUGAUAUUGACGACACCAGUCGCGCUGGUCGCCAAUGUCGUUUAUCAUAUCACGUCCCUUCUACUCCUCACGCAUAAACCACGACUCCUCAAGUCGCUUCCGGGUCCACGGUGCUAUACUUCUCAUAUCUGGCAUGCUCAGGCAAUUGCUGGUAUCGCAGCUAGUAAUGACUCGCCGGAGCAGUGGGACCCGGUACUGGUGGCGGGUCUACUUCUGAUUGCAAAAGAUAUGACACACGAAUCCCAGCAAACCGUUUUGCUGGAGCGACUGAAAAAAAUUACGGCCACUACAGGAAUUAAUCUGGAGCAUGAGACGGAAUUGCUUCAAUCAGCAUGGAGAGUUGCAAGAUAUGAUGACCUGGAGGAGUAG